CGGCAUCCCAUUUGACAACAAACGCCACCAGCAUUGCGCGCGCGUGAUUUUCAACCCUCUUUUUCGUGACGCAUCAACAUCCCACCAGCACGCCUAUAUAUCUUGUGAAAGGCAAUUAACGGAAGGCAUAAAACCCCAACCAAAUCCAACAGAUUCUGACUUUGAUGCUCAAGUUGCAGCUUCAUUCUUCACACUGAACCUCGGAAACUCAACCUUGAGACAGUCCCAAAGAUACAUUUGAACAAGCCGCCAUGUCACUCUUCUCCGGUGGUACUGCUGAACCCCGAUCGACCUCGGCCCACCAGGGAUCGCACCGCAACAAACGGCCAGAAGAUACUGCUGUACAGACCGCGUUCAGAAACGCUACUCCAUAUAUCAUGCAACUGUUCUUGAAUGAGAUUGAGAAACUAGAUGCUUCUGGAAAUGGGCAAACUGAUGAAGCCUAUGUCGAAAGCCUGGCUGAACUGAAACAUGCCGUCGAGCUGAUACGCAAGCCCAGAGGCGACAAACAUUUGGCAAGGUUAUAAAGCAAACAAUAUGUCAAUACCUGAAGGACAAAUGUCGAGGACUUAGAAGAGCUAUGGCUCAGACGAAUUAUCUUGGAUGAAGGGCCGGAAACUGAAAGACUUUAGGUUCAUUGUGCCGGGCUCGAUGAUGGAUCAUGUAGAUUGAAGCCAGGACACAUUCAAUUAUCUUUUAUACCUUAUACUUUGCCAACUAGUCUUUUGUAAUCUGGGAAAGAAGGCUACGGCAGCUCUGCCAUCCGCCGCCUGGUACUCGC